AUGGGUUUCUCGGGGAAGCCCAGUAAGGGUUGUCUGCCAUGCCGGCAGAAGCGUACCAAAUGCGAUCUAGCCCUGCCCGCUUGCAGUCAAUGCAUCAGGAAGAAUAGAGUAUGCAGCGGCUAUCGAAACGAGCAAGACCUUCUUUUCAGGAACGAGACCAAGCUCGUCGUCCGGAAAGUGAAUCGAAAGACCGACAAUCCACCCGAGCAGUCGCUGGCUUCUAAUAGCUCUGCUCCCCAGCUCUCGACUUUAUCUACCCAACAGCUGUCAAGACGAGCUGCCCUGCAUGAUGAGGCUGUUUUGCAUUUCUUUGCGCACUACAACGAGAAGCUGUUCGAGUCCAGGGCAGGGACCUUGGACGGUGGAUUCAACUAUGUAUUGUCCGUUUUCCAAUCCGAUGCCGUGCGAGCGGGCCCAGUCUCUGAGAUCAUCGCCGCAGCUGGAUUGGCAGCCCUCGGAAAUAUGAAGGCGGCUCCAGACUUGGUGACGGCGGCCAGAGCAAAGCAAGUCAAGGUGCUUCGGGCGUUGAAUGAGCAGCUGCAGAACCCAAAGACAUGCCUAUCCGACUCCUCCAUCUUGACGUGCCUUCUUUUGGGCACAUUUGAGAGCAUCAUGUCUGACGACCCGCAAUCGCAAGUCGCUCAGACCUUCCAUCUGAAAGGUGCAAUGACACUAGUGCAAAUGAGGGGUCGAGACCGAUUCGCCGAUGAUGUCGGCCACGGAAUCUAUGCUCGUAUGCGGGGAGCCAUACUGGCACAUUGCGUGCGAGUGAGUGAACCGCUUCCAGACUUUAUUCUCUCUUUCCUAGGGGACGACGGAAUAUCACAGCGGGACUUUCAACCCUUCCUCUAUAAGCUACUCGGACGCCUUUGCCAACUGCGCUACGAUCAGAAGACGAAGGGUAUCGUAGACAACCGGAUGUUCAGAGAAGCUCAAAGCCUCUUGGAUGAGUUUAGCACAUGGAGCCCGGGGAUUCCAGAGUGGCAUGCAGGGGGAAGGCCUUCCGUGGACUCAAUGCCGCUGACAUCUAAUGCCGAUGAGACAUAUCGCCUUAUAUGGCUUGCGACCACGUGGAUCUUUCAACAAACCGCGAGGAUUGUAGCAUCGGACGUAUUCAUUGAGGGAGCCCGUGGCCAGGCUCUGCUCCGACCUGGUCUUGCUGCGAGGGCAAUUCUGAACGACGCUAUCAAUACUCAACUGGAGCUUGUCGAAGAGCUGAAAGAGAGCCUGGCGUAUUACCUGCAUAAUUUUAAAGCCAGUCAAUCGACCAUGAAGACUGUUGGAGGGUAUAUGCUCCUUUGGGGAUUAUCAGGGAUGUCGUCCGCCUCGACCUGCUCCGAAGAUACCUUCCUUUGGAUGACGAAUCAAGCCGAAACGAUAGCAGAGGGAUUUGGUCUGCGGCAGGGUAGAAUGCUCGCAGAAUUCCUGCGGAAACGAGCUCGUGUACCGCCUGUCGAGGAGGUACGGAGCAGUACAGUCCCGUCCACAUCCGUUCGCCUGCGUGACGCUCAACAGGGCCCUGGAUCGAACUCAUCUCUCCUCUCAAUCUUUGGUACCGUUUACGCCCCUCGCCAAAAUGGUACGGCAACGCGCAUUCACAGACCGGUACGACAGGGGAAAGGGGUAUCACAAAAAGGAUCAGAACCCCGCACCUAA